UCUACAGAUUCGUACACUGUACACUUCCUGCACUGUGCGGUUUGAUUUGGCGGACAGCCUCAGUUUCCGAGAAGUUUUUUACUUGAUCACAGGUUGCCAACCAACACCACUUUCCUCCUGUACUUGCGUCGACUGGAGAUUCCAAGGUGUACAGUGAACAUCGACGACACCUCCCAAGCUUGUUCAGCCCAUGUCUUCACCCAAGUCCUACAAGCAUGCCAGGGGAAGGUCUGACACGGUCUCAACGACCACAGCCUCGAGCUCGUUGAUUACGACUUCCUCGACGAUCAUCGGAAUCCGACGCGAGUCCUGGGAUCCAAUGUACAGAGAGGCUGGUACGGACGCCCCCGCCCGAACAGACUGGCUAAAGAGGCUCACAAGAAUCGAACGAGAGCUGGGAAAGAGCGGCGCCAAGCCGGUCCGACCGACCGCUCGCGGCGAGUUGCCCAUCGACAUCUGGGAGCGGGUUCUGAACGAGUUCCAGGACGACCUGCGUGUGCUCUUCGCGUGCGCGUGCGUCUGCCGGGCGUGGUACUCCCACGCGAGCAAGAGCCUCCCGCGGAUCGACGACGUAUGGGAGCUCGCCGGGCGUGCGGACGUGAUGCGCGUGGCAAGGGUGUUUGGGUGGGAGUACCCUUCCGUCCUGAUGCAGCGCAAGUGGCGCGCGGUCGUGGUGAGGGGGAGCGGGCCGACGCACUCGCUGGCGCAUCUCAAGACGUUCGCGGCCGCCUUGGCGAAACAGCUACGUAGGAUCGACGAGCUGGAGGUACAUAGUGGCGUUUGGAUGCCGGGUGCAGUCGACGCGCCAACAUUCGCCCGCUUCUCGAUGUGCAUCGCGCUAUCCAGACUAACCCUCCACGGGGUGACCUUUCCGUCGACUACCAUUGUUGCUAAGCUCGUCUGUGCGCUGCCAAAUCUUGCGAGGCUCUCGAUCGUGGACGUGAAGACUGUCCAGAAGCGCCGAGGACAGGACCUCUGUCUCCCGCAUGGCCGGCCACUGCAACUACGCUGGCUCUUAUUGGAUUCUUCUGAGGUCGGCGACGUCAUCGAAUUUCUGGCUCGUGCUUGCAUUACGCGUGCGAUCACUCAAGCGACACUGGUCGUUAGUGCGGCCGAGCAGGGGUGGCAACCGUGGUCAGAUACAUCAGGCUAUCCCAUCUUCCUUGAAGACGCUAUAGCCCUUGAGAGGCUCACGAUCGAGCUCCGUGACAGGAACAGCCACAAUUUGAGUGUCGCACACACCCUCAGCCUUGCCGCGAGCAGUAGGUUGAAGGAGAUACAGUUCGUGCUAUACCACAGCGUGGACUCCAAGCUUAUGUUCCGCGACUGCAGUGUGUCACUACUGGCUGGCAUGACAUCCAGUUAUCUGCGCAAGAUCGACAUCAAGUUUGUCGUCGAAGACAAGCCUGGUAUGUCUCUUUCCCUCCCUGAUUCCCUAGUACCUCUCAAGAGCAGUGCCGCGCGCUCAGAGGCCAGUAAUCCUCAGCUCCGGCUCAUGAAGGACCUCACGGAGGACCUGGAUCUCUCUGCGCUCGACAAUUUGCUGUCCAACCCGCAAUUUGCAAGUGACCGCUUGGUGGUCAUCGUCUCGCUCGACUACACCUGGCCGGUGAGGGACUCGUACGCCAUCUGGAGGCAGCAUGUCGAGCGGCAGCUCGCGAAAACGAGGGAUAUACGUCCGGUCUUUGUGUGGGUUGAGACUGGAAUUAUCCGAGUGUCCCGUUGGACGGGCCGUUCAUGAACAGCUGUGUACGUGUUCUUGGCGUCCUCGUGUAUCUGAUAGCUCGUCCGUGUCUUCAAAGCAGCGACCACGCUUUCAUGUU